AUGCUCUCUGAAAAUCUGAGAUACGACUUUAAGAUAAACAAUUAUUCAUCAUGCGUUGUCUCCAAGGACCCACGACCUAAAAGGCCCCUUAGAAAGAAUAAAGAUCCGAAUUUUAUCCCUGUACGCAUUCAAAUGCCAAGCGCAUCUGAAAUAAAAAUCGAAGAAUUUAUCAACCGUUCAAAUGAAAAAAUCGGGAAGAAAGGCCCCAACGGCUUCUUUGUGUACCGCCGUGUGUUUGCGAAGGAGCUUUUACGACUUAAUUAUAAGCUAGAAAUGACCAACGUUUCGAGGAUGGCAGGAGAUCAAUGGAACAACGAAGAUGUUAAGAUUCGCGAAGAAUAUAAGACAAUUGCUUCAAUGAUCGAUAAAAAACUUAAAGAACUUAGGCGCGGACAGCCAAAAGCCUAUCACUAUAGAUUUAUCUAUUAUGACCAACAGGAACCUCCUUCUCCUCCUCCCAUAGAACCCAUUCAACAGUGUGUUAUUGAUGAAGAAUUGUCGAGGUGCCUGUACGAAUGUCGAGUAGCACCAGGAUAUUGA